GGAAGUGUCUCCUGUGCGUCUGCGCGGGAAGUGGAACCCAGCGGCGUGAGGUCCGCGCCGGGUGCUAGGUAAUAAAUUUCUCGUAGCUGCUCGGCUCGCGGCUAGUGAGGCCGGCCCUGCCACUGUCACCGCCAUGCCUAUGAAGGGCCGCUUCCCCAUCCGCCGUACCCUCCAAUACCUUAACCAGGGGAACGUGGUGUUCAAGGACUCCGUGAAGGUCAUGACAGUGAAUUACAACACGCGCGGGGAGCUGGGCGAGGGCGCCAGGAAAUUUGUAUUUUUCAACAUACCUCAGAUUCAAUACAAAAAUCCUUGGGUGCAGAUCAUGAUGUUUAAGAACAUGACACCAUCACCCUUUCUGCGUUUCUACUUAGAUUCUGGGGAGCAGGUCCUGGUGGAUGUGGAGACCAAGAGCAAUAAGGAGAUCAUGGAGCACAUUAGAAAAAUUUUGGGGAAAACUGAGGAAACGCUCAGGGAAGAGGAGGAGGAGAAAAAGCAGCUCUCUCACCCAGCCAACUUCGGCCCUCGAAAGUACUGCCUGCGGGAGUGCAUCUGUGAAGUGGAAGGGCAGGUGCCCUGCCCCAGACUGGUGCCAUUACCCAAGGAGAUGACAGGGAAGUACAAAGCCGCCCUGAAAGCCAAUGCCCAGGACUAAGGCCCAUGGUCACUGUGGGCUUGGGUGAUGGUGUCUGACCAUGGGGAGAUUGGAAUGGGGUUACUUUGGCCCAGGGAAGCCUGUGGUUCUGUGUCUGGAGACUCUGGAAAUCCUUUUUGCAAUAAAAGGUCCCCUUUACACACCUGUGUAAAAGAAUGUGGGGAGAGGAGGGUCUGCAGCUGAGCUGCUAAAUGAAUAUCCAUGCUCCACUGGUCAAUAAAAUGCUUCCUAAUAGCA